CAUAAAUAUGGAGUACUAGCACCAAGAGAGCACCAGAAGCUUAGCCAGUUCCUAACAAAAAGGGUCCUUGGUUUUUGCCUCAAAUCAUCCAGAUUAAGCCAUGGCUUCCCCAUCCUUGUUGUCCUUAUUCUUCAUAUUUUCGCUUCUACUGGGGAUGGCACAUGCACAUUAUCUAUCCCCCAACUUCUAUGCAAGAUCAUGCCCUAGGGCUCUCCCUACCAUUCGAACUGCAGUAAACAAAGCAGUGGCCAAAGAGAAACGCAUGGGGGCCUCAUUGCUCCGCCUCCAUUUCCAUGAUUGCUUCGUAUUGGGAUGUGAUGCUUCUAUAUUAUUGGAUGACACUGCAACCUUUACUGGAGAGAAGACAGCAGGACCAAAUAACAACUCUGUGAGAGGAUAUGAGGUGAUCGACACCAUUAAAUCUCAAGUGGAAAGUUUGUGCCCUGGAGUUGUCUCUUGUGCAGAUAUUGUAGCAGUGGCAGCUCGUGACUCGGUUGUCGCUUUGGGUGGCCCAACAUGGACUGUGCGAUUAGGCAGAAGAGAUUCAACCACGGCGAGUUUCAGUGCUGCUCGCACCGACCUCCCUGGCCCGAACUUAAAUCUCAGUCAGCUUAUAUCUGCCUUCUCCAAGAAGGGCUUGACUACUAAGGAAAUGGUGGUUCUCUCAGGAACUCAUACCAUAGGUAAAGCAAGAUGCACAAGUUUUCGAAAUCAUAUUUACAACGACACCGACAUCGAUCCAGCAUUUGCAGCAUCAAAACAGAAAAUCUGCCCAAGAUCGGGUGGAGAUGAUAAUCUAUCUCCUCUGGAUGGAACUACUACUGUUUUCGAUAAUGUUUAUUUUAGGGGUUUGAAGGAAAAGAAGGGUCUGUUGCACUCAGACCAGGAACUCUACAACGGUGGCUCCACAGAUUCCAUAGUUGAAACCUACAGCAUCAACACUGCCACUUUCUUCAGGGAUGUGGCCAACGCCAUGGUUAAGAUGGGAAAUAUUAGUCCUUUAACCGGAACUAAUGGACAGAUUAGGACCAACUGCAGGAAAGUCAACGGAUCCUAUUGCUUAUCGCAAAGCAGUCUGGGAAAUUUGCGGACCAUGGCUUCCCUAUCCUUGUUUUCCUUAUUCUGUGUGUUUUCGUUUCUAUUGGGGAUGGCACAUGCACAGCUCUCCUCCAACUUCUAUGCAAGUUCAUGUCCUAAGGCUCUCUCUACCAUUCGAGCUGCAGUAAACAAUGCAGUGGCCAAAGAGCGCCGCAUGGGAGCCUCAUUGCUUCGCCUCCAUUUCCAUGAUUGCUUUGUAUUGGGAUGUGAUGCUUCUAUAUUAUUGGACGACACUGCAAGCUUUACCGGAGAGAAGACAGCAGGACCAAAUAAGGACUCUGUGCGAGGAUAUGAGGUGAUCGACACCAUUAAAUCUCAAGUGGAAAGUUUGUGCCCUGGGGUUGUUUCUUGUGCAGAUAUUGUAGCAGUGGCAGCUCGUGACUCUGUUGUUGCUUUGGGUGGCCCAACAUGGACCCUGCAAUUAGGCAGAAGAGAUUCAACCACGGCGAGUUUGAGUACUGCUAACAGUGACCUCCCUGGCCCGGCCUCAGAUCUUAGUACUCUUAUAUCUAGAUUCUCCAACAAGGGCUUCACUACUAAGGAAAUGGUGGCUCUCUCAGGAACUCAUACCAUAGGUAAAGCAAGAUGCACAAGCUUUCGGAGUCGAAUUUACAACGAGACCAACAUCGAUGCAGCAUUUGCAACAUCAAAACAGAAAAUCUGCCCAAGCACGGGUGGAGAUAAUAAUCUGUCUGAUCUGGAUGAAACGACUACUGUUUUCGAUAAUGUUUAUUUCAGAAAUUUGAAGGCGAAGAAGGGUCUGUUGCACUCAGACCAACAACUCUAUAAUGGUGGUUCCACAGAUUCCAUAGUUGAAACCUACAGCACCAACUCUGCCACUUUCUUUACGGAUGUGGCCAAUGCCAUGAUUAAGAUGGGAAACCUGAGUCCCCUAACAGGAACUAAUGGAGAGAUCAGGACCGACUGCAAGAAAAUCAAUGGAUCUUAGUCAAUUUAUGAAUGUCUUUAAUGUUGUACUACUUCAAUAAUAUUUGGAAGUAGCUUAUCACAGGUGAUUUGCAAAAUUUGCCUUGCUUAUGACAUUUGUAUAAUAAUGUUCAUCAACUCAAAGGUUUAUCCCAAAUAAAGUUUUUAGUUGGUUUUGGAUCAUCUGAAAAAAUUAAA